CUAGGAGGUCCAAUCAAAUCAUUCAGCUCGUGGUUCUAUGUGGGCGAUACCUAUCAAAACAACGUCUCCGUGUUGUAGACCGCGCGUGUUAUUUACAAAUUGAAAACAUUGACUGAAAAUAUUUAGCUUUUAACGUUUAUAGUAAUGCAGUGAUAUAUUAAAGUGUUAUCUGUUGUAAUACGAGUAGACUUUUGAUUUAUUGACUGUAUGCGAAUAUUAAUUUGGUGCCGAAAAUGACCGCUUCUACGAUGAUUGAGUUGGAAUCCUGGAUAAUCUACCAGUGUGUGCUGAAUGAAUGUCAUGUGUCCAGCAGCUGAGCUGGAUGUGUAGCUGAACUGUUUUUUUUAUUUGGCACAAGUUUCUUUAAAUUAUCGCCAUGGUUUCAUCAAUGGAAGGCGGCGCCUGGUGCGCUCGCGACAUCUCGCUGCGCGCGCAGAAGAAGUUUCUGUCUCGUGUAGGCGGCGCUGCCAGCGCACGCGCACUUGUGCUUGAUGAGCAUGCCGCCAAACUGCUGGAUCAGUUUCUGACGGUACUACGUGAACGUCUUGAGAAGCGUGAAGCAGAGAAGCUGGUGAAGCACGUGAUCAAGUCGGCAGUGAAGCUGGGCGUGCUGCGCAGACACGGUCAGCUGUCGGCUGCUGACGAGCGCGCGUUGGCUGCGUUCCGCUCCAAGUUCCAUACUGUACUGAUGGCGGUAGUGUCAUUCUGUGAGGUCGACUUCUCAUACGAUCGUGGCUUCCUCCAAGAUGCACUUCGUGAGUCACAUCAGUCUUUGAAGGCCGUGGUGGAACGACACUUGACAGACAAGUCAGUGUCUAGGCUCGCGGGAGUGUUCGCGAUCGCGUCCCGUGGCGAGCUGCUAGACGCUCUGUUCGCGGGCCAGGUGGACGAGGACGUGCUGAAGCUGUCCAGGAUGCUGCGCAAGGAACUGGACCGAGGCCUGCUAUAAUCACAUACACUCACACACCCUGUGCCGUCCUUACCCAAAGCUAGAUAUACCAACGUAUCAAAGUAUUUGGACGAUUUUCCUCCAUCCGAGGGUUCAUGUCGACGGGACAAGCUCCCGAUAACUUCGACUAUGGGAACACUAACAAUAUCGUUAUCUCCACAAAUGGAGAUUUGAUUUUUUAUUAUAAACAAUGUUUCUACUUAGAUUUGUAUGUACUAUGCACAGUCGAUGCCGGCUUUAAGCUUGACAAGUACUACAUCAAAAUGAUAUUACAUUUCCAUGUACAAGAAUUAUCAGAAAUGUCGGAGUAAAUGUCGGUUGAAGCCACGAAAUUUUCAUAGUGUUUGCAUUAGUAAUUCUGGAGAGCAACAAAAAAGAAAACAAAAGAAAAUCUUGUUUCUUCAUCGUCAGUUCAAAGCCGGCAAGCGACGCAGCAUGUCGCUUCAGCGUUUGUUUCACUGCACGUCAAUAAAAUGCCUUCAGAAAGCUCUCUUUCAACAAAAAUACUGUGGUUUCAAACCAUUCGUAGCGAUCUACAAGACUUUUAUGAAUACUCAGUGAGUUUAUGAUGAAAUAUGAAAUUACUAUGUAUGGGGUUUUUCAUAAAAUUAACAAGUGUCUGCUAAUUUCUAGAGUUUAAGUCUAUAAUGACUUGCUAGUCUAUUGCUUCAAUUCCAUUUUUAUCCGUAGUUUUGCAAAAAAGGAUUUAUUUUAAUUCGGUUUUUUAUUAAAAAUUUAUGCGUGCGUGCG